ACACAUUUUAUUUUUGCUCUACUUUCUUGUGGAAUGAUUUGCUGUGCAGCAAACUUGCAAACAUUUGGUGCUCACACUGCAGAGUUUAGAGUUUGGUCAUUAGGACAUUCUUUAUGGGAUUGUAAAGGGGUUAAGAUAAGUCUCUUUGGGGGUAUUUAUAAGGUCUCAAUAUUUGGAGGAGCUUUUGGUUCAUAUCUGCUUUUCACCAUGACAGCGUACACGUUACCAGAAGGAUUCGCUGAGUUUGAUAUGUUUGCUUUUGGCUCAGCUCUUCUUGUCAGUGGCUUGAUUGGAUUCUUCCUCAAUGCCGUCAGCAUCGGGGCUUUCCUCAGAGUGAAGGAGAUGAGGAAUCCCACUAACUUUUUUGUCUUCAAUCUUGCUGUAGCUGACAUCAGUUUGAAUAUUAAUGGACUCACAGCGGCUUAUGCUACCUAUCUCAGAUAUUGGCCAUUUGGUCAGGAUGGAUGUUCGAUUCAUGCUUUCCAGGGCAUGAUAUCAGCCCUGGCAUCCAUCAGUUUCAUGGCUGCCAUUGCGUGGGACAGAUAUCACCAGUACUGCACCAGACAAAAGCUGUUUUGGAGUACAACAGUGACAAUGAGCACCAUUAUUUGGGUUCUUUCCAUUUUCUGGGCUGCUUUGCCACUUGCGGGAUGGGGCGUGUAUGACUUUGAGCCCAUGGGAACCUGCUGCACAUUGGAUUACGCCAGAGGUGACAGAGACUACAUAACCUACGUGCUAACCCUGACAUUGCUCUACCUGAUGUUCCCAGCCAUCACCAUGUACUCAUGUUACAAUUCCAUCUACAAACACUUCAAGAAAAUCCAUUAUCACAGGUUUAACACCAGUUUGCCAUUGAGGGUCCUGUUCAUGUGCUGGGGCCCCUACGUCCUUAUGUGCAUCUAUUCCUGCUUUGAGAACGUGAAAAUUAUAUCACCAAAGCUGAGAAUGAUUCUUCCCAUCGUUGCAAAGACAAACCCAAUCUUUAACUCCCUCUUCUACGCCUUUGGGAAUGAGUUCUACAGAGGCGGCCUGUGGAAUUUCCUCACUGGACAGAAAAUCGUUGAACCAGUUAUUAAAAAGUCCAAAUGAAAGGAAACUCAGUAAGAACUGGUCAAAAUGUAAUCAACCAAUGUGCUGUUAUAAAAGAGUCCUCAUUAGAAGAGAAAGUUAUUAAUGUAAAUGUUAAGAGUUCUAGUGCUUAAUGAUGUCGCCAUUUAAAUAGCAGAUGAUCCUUGUACUGGAUUUGUGUCACUCUACACAGCAUGUUCCAGUUGACCAAGCAGUUGUGUGAUGUUCAGUUACAA